GCCAGACUCCAUACAAAAAUUAUGAAAGCACGGAAAGGACCCAGCUUAUCAGUCACUGCAUCCCACAGUCACAGCAGCCGUGCAUUGCUUCCGUUGAGCAGGUCAAUCCGGUCGAUCAUUGUAACCUGUUUUCUUUCUCGAUCGUCCAUCUUCAGGCUGUGUAGACCCCGUUGUUUCAUCACUUUUUCUGGCUAGGCCUUGUUGUUCUAGGCCAUUGACAAAUACCUCCGCUUAGUCUGAGAAGCUUGUGACUCACGUGGGCCACGGUGGUUAGUAUAUCGGCCCAGGAAAGCCCCAGCUGUGUUGCCGGAAGGGACAUCAAACUUUCAUUCAGUAUGGCGUCGCCGAUAUACAUUGACGAAGAUGUCGGGCGUGACGACGAGUCGGCCGUGGGCACGGAAACGGCGCCCUACAAGACUCUUCUCCACGCCAUGAUCAAACACCCACCGGAAACCGCGACAUAUCAAGUUCGAAAAUCCGUGACUGGGCCCGUUGAUGAGAACGGAGACCCAGCUUCUCGACUGGAAUGGAAAGCGCCAGCCAAAUCGGCCCUGAAGAAGGCGACCAACCUGUAUGAGCAACACAAGAAGAAGCAGGCCAAGGCGUCGGAACUGGCGAUCCGUGAGCAAGCCGAAGCGAUGAAGCGACAGCAAGUGCUGGAAGAGGCCAAGAAGGUGGUUCUUGAAGAAGAUGCCAGCCUGCCGGCCCCGGUCCGAAUUCGCCUGGACGAGACGGAUCCCGCCAAAAUCCAACUAGGAACUGCUGAGAACCGUGGCACGCGUGUGCGCGUGCUAGGAAGAGUGCACCAUCUACGAGUCCAAAAAGACAUCAUCUUCGUGACCCUCAAAGACGGCUACGGCAAAAUGCAAUGCGUGUUCACCGGCAACCUGAUCAAGACGUACGCAGCCAUGACGCUGACGCUAGAGACGUCGCUGGACAUCCGGGGUGAGCUUAAAGCAUUGCCACCCAAGGCCCACGCCCCGCUCGACCGCGAACUGCACGCCGAUUUCUUCAAGGUGAUCGGGGCCGCCGUGGGCGACAAGGAGGCUAUCACCAACAAAGUGCAGCAGGACGCCGACCCGCAGACGCUUCUGGACAACCGCCACCUCGUUCUACGCGGCGACAACGCCUCGGCAGUCAUGAAAGUGCGCGCCGCCGUCGCCCGAGCCUUCCGACAGACAUACCUAGAAACACGGCUUACGGAAGUGACACCGCCAGCCAUGGUGCAGACGCAAGUUGAGGGCGGCGCCACGCUCUUCGAGUUCGACUACUACGGCGAAAAGGCGUAUUUGACGCAAUCCUCUCAACUCUACCUCGAGACCUGUCUCCCGUCUCUGGGUGAUGUCUUCUGUGUCUGCCCGUCCUUCCGCGCCGAAAAGUCCCUGACCCGCCGCCACUUGUCCGAGUACACGCACAUCGAGGCCGAGCUGGACUUUAUCACUUUUGACGACCUGCUCGACCACUUGGAACAUGUCAUUUGUCGAGUCAUCGAAAUCACCCUCACCGACCCCGUCAUUGCAGGCUAUAUCAAGGAACUCAACCCGAAAUUCACCCCUCCAUCCCGCCCCUUCCGCCGCAUGAAGUACGCCGAGGCCAUUGAGUGGCUGGUCGAGCACGGCAUCCCCAACGAGGAAGGCCAACCUCAUAGAUUCGGUGACGACAUCGCCGAAGCCGCCGAGCGCAAAAUGACCGACGAGCUCAACGUUCCUGUGUUUCUGACCCAUUUCCCCGUCGAGAUCAAGGCCUUUUACAUGAAAAAGGACGAUUCCGACAAGCGCGUCACCGAGAGCGUUGAUGUCUUGAUGCCUGGUGUCGGCGAGAUCGUCGGUGGCAGUAUGCGUAUGGACGACUACGAUGAGCUCAUGGCCGCCUACAAGCGUGAAGGGAUUGAUCCGGCUCCGUACUACUGGUACACCGAUCAAAGACGGUACGGUACUUCUCCUCACGGCGGUUACGGCCUGGGCCUCGAGCGCUUCCUCGCUUGGAUGUGCGGCCGUUGGACCGUCAGAGAAUGUGCGCUCUACCCGCGGUUUGCUUACAGAUGCACGCCUUGAGCGGGCUUUGUCUCAAACGAUAUUGGUCACUGCCAAUGCAUCCGACACGAUUUUGCAACGCGAGGUCAAGUUCAUCAUAGAUACGAAACAGGAGGCCUUAAGUAGAUAGGCUACUACUCAUUUUAGCAUGAGCCAAAUGCUUCACUUCUUGUGGAACUACGACCGACAUACUGUACCUCACGCGGAGGAAGACGAGUCAAAUCACAAGAUAGACAGAUAGUACAUGCACAUGAUGCUGUCAUGUACUAGGAUAGAAGAGAGAGUCGGAGCGUGUUUAGACAAGUUGGAAUUCAAGACAUUUUGGCUGGCUUUUUGAACAAUGCAAUGCUGCAGAAUGUUGUGGGUACAGAAAAAAUUGAGAUCAUAACUUGAUCCUAUUUUGCUCCAUGUUUGUAUUGCGCCAACUAAAUAUCAAAACGAAAACUUCCGUUUUGAGGCAUCAUAGAUACUUCUUAGGCAUGGUGCUCUUCCGCCAUUUAUACCAGACAAAGGCGCCGAUACAACAGGUCUG